UGGUGGUGGCGUGUGAGGUUUCGGGAGUUGGAGCUCGCGCUGUGGGUGUCUGUCAGCGGCGCAGUUCGGCGGCUUGACGUCCCCAGACGCUGUGCGUUGCGCCGGUGUACACCAGGAAUUAGGUAGCCUGCUUGCCUUGCAUCUCUGCACCGAUCUCGUUUCAGAGCUCCGGCCUGGGACAAUGGUGUGCAUUCCUUGUAUCGUCAUUCCAGUCCUGCUUUGGCUCUUCAAAAAGUUCCUAGAGCCGUACAUAUACCCUGUGGUCAGACGCAUAUGGCCUAAAAAGUCGGUACAGCAAGGCGGUGAGAAGGAUAUGGGCAUGGCAGAUGGCAAGGGUGCAGGUACAAAUGGAUUACCCACAAAAGGACCAACAGAAGUCUCUGAUAAAAAGAAAGACUAGUGUGAUUCUCUUGAAGGCCCCUGGCUGUUUCCAAAUGGACCUGAUAAUAUGAAGCACCUUCCUUGUCUCUGACCUUUUUUCUCUGAGACCGGGAUUGUAGAUAAAUAGUUUAGCUUCUGCCUGAGACUGAUCAGGGAGUACAUGGUAUUUAUAUUUAAAAUUCCAGUAGUUAUAUUUAAUGAUCUCAUCCCUGAGUUUCUUUUUCAUUAAUGUAGCUUUCAUUUCUAUUAUUCCAAUUUACUAAUAUGGACAAAUAGAAGGUCUGUGUGAGCAGACACUCAGAACCGAGUCCUUGGGCCAUCACAUUCUUUCUUAAGAGUUUGCUGUUUUCACUUGGUGUGGGCUUCUGUACCUUGAGUGGGAUGAGUCUUAGUGCGGAACAGUGCGGUCCCCGGUGGGAUGAAGUGGGAAGACGUGAUCGCUGCCAGGUGCAAUGGCGAGCGGACGGCCGAGAAUAGGCACUGCUCCAAGGAAGCUGGAGAAGGAACGAGGGAAGCUUCUUUGAAAAAUGUAACAUCAGCAUCAUUGUCAAUCACACGGCUUCUAAUUCUCUGUACUUCUAGUCCUGACAAUGUAUUAAACAUUCAUUUAACUUGUG